UACCUAUCAAAUUUCAUGAUUCUAAGUCAAAGGGAAGUUCUUGAUAGACACAACGGACAGACGGACACAUAGCCAGACAGUGUAUAUCUACUAAGGGUUCCUUUUUUCCUUUUGAGGUACGGAACCCUUAAAAUGGAGAGAGAGCGUCAAACUGUGGAAUACAAAUUCCUUGAUAUCGAUACAGUAACGGAAAUUUUCAGACAUGAAGUAAAGGGACCUAGACAGACAAAACGCCUUUAAACAAGGGCUGUAGAAACUUCGGGUUCAUAUAACGGUAUCAAUCAGUGAAUGGAUUGUUGAACGAAGGAGUUCAGCGUAAAAUGAUUUGCAGGGACAUGCCAUCAGAGCUAUAAGCACGACCUCCUUAGUGCAGGCGUAAACAAGACGAAGUAGCGGUGCUCGAGCAGACUAUUCGUACCAGAAACGAAAUGCACCGAGCAGCCGGAGUAGAGCUAGCUGCCACCUGCCACAUCUGUCUGAAGACCAAAUUCGCGGACGGCGUGGGCCAUUCUUGCCACUACUGCAGGGUCAGGUGCUGCGCGAGGUGUGGUGGGAAGGUCUCUUUACGCUCCAAUAAGGUUAUAUGGGUUUGCAUACUCUGUCGCAAAAAACAAGAACUGUUAUCAAAAACCGGUCAAUGGAUACACAAAAGCGCCGGUCAAGAUUCAAUGCUGUGGCGAAUGGAGUCCGAUUUGAGAGGCUUACCUCCUCAGGGGGACACUUCGUUAGAUAAAAGGCCGAAAUUAGAGAGGGCACACAGCGCCGCAGAAAAGGAGAAUCUACCUUUGCAAAGAUCGGGGAGUGCCCUGCGGCGGCAGUACAGUCAGCAGGAGGCACGGUGUUAUGGAGAGUUGGAAGGGCUGGCCCGAACUCAUCCUCACCUCGUGCAUCCGAGACAGAAGGCGGCGUACGGCGUGGAGGACACGGGCAUGCCCGCGGCCGGCGCGCACGCGCAGCUGCUGCUGCCGCACGCGCCGGGCGCGCACCCGCCGCUGCCGCCGCGCUCCUCCUCGUCCGACGACGAGGUGCCCGAGUGCGUCUCCGACGAGAACGACGAGUACCGCGACCGUGGACAACUCGAAGCGUGUUCAUCUCUUCGGCACUCGCACCUGCGCAGCACCAGCGUGGCUGCCAACAAUUAUUACAAUUUGACUAAUCACUCACCGGCGUCAUACAUGCCGGAGGCGCGCGGAGCGUUCGACGCGGGCGCGGCGCCCGCCGGCGGCCGCAGCUUCGACUCGGCCACGGACUGCCGCUGGCGCGCCCGCGACGAUGGCGAGGGCUCGUACUUGCGCCCCUACGUGCCGGACGGAGGGCCGCGAGUCGACCGUGCCGUAUAUAAGAGUGCCUAUUUGUGGGAAGACUCAUCCGAUAACAGACGGUUCACCGAAAGGAGAAAAAAAACUGUUCGCUUCGAUGGCCACGAAGGUGCUGCGACAUUCCCUCGAGGUGGUCGCGACGCCUCGGGCGCCCCGCACGACUGGGCCUCCUUGCGCUGGGAGGCCGAGCGCCAGACCAGCCAAGACUCCGCCACCAAAGACUCAGGCAUCGAUACCUCUAGCACUUUUACUUCCAGUGAAGACUCGAACAGGGGCGAUUGCCCUAAGUUUCCACUGAACUGGCAAGUUUCAACCGAUGGUACGCGUAUGGUUGGGCACAUGGUUCUACGCAAGACUGUGGUAGAGGGCAGUUCACAUUCCUCGGCCGCGAUUCUCGGCCUGAAAGUGGUCGGUGGGAAAAUGCUACCGGACGGAACGCGCGGUGCUAUCGUCGAGAAAGUCAAGAAAGGUUCUAUCGCAGACUUAGAGGGACAACUUAGAAUAGGAGACGAAGUGUUACAAUGGAAUGGCAUGCCGCUGCAAGGGCGCAGUGCGGAGGAGGUGGCGGCGGUAGUCGCCAACAGCAAGCACGACUCGCACGUCGAGCUCGUGGUGUCCCGCCCGCUGGCGCCUACCCGCCCGCCCGCGCAGUCAUGGAGAACUCAUAAAGAGGUGUACACCGAAACAAUGGGUGGGUGCGAGAAACCAAGCGUAUUAGUGACGUCACCGGGCUCGCCAGACAUGCACGCGCGUCGCCGCUCUGCGCGUCACAACCACCACGUCGGCGUAGCUGGCCGUAUACAGCUAAAAGUUUACUUCGACAUCACGGCUCUUCAGCUGCUAGUGACCGUGGUUUCAGCGACUGGCCUGAGUCCGAGAACCGAUGGCUCUCCUCGAUGUCCGUACGCUAAAAUCUUCCUGCUACCGGACAAAAGCGAGAAAAGCAAACGCCGGACCAAAACACUCGCCAAUACACUGGAACCAAGGUGGAACCAAACAUUUGUGUAUUGUGGCAUACGAAUUACUGACCUCAAGAAACGAACUCUGGAGGUCACUGUGUGGGAUUUAAAUCGCUACGGUCCCAAUGAUUUCCUGGGCGAAGUCUUACUCGACCUGGACACCGUUAUGAUGAAUCAUGAACCUAACUGGUACAUACUGAAACCACACGAGGAAAUACCUGGAUAUAGCCGAUACCGGGACGACGACGUCGAUGGCGAACAUCUGUCACCACCUUCCACAUCGACAUCACGUCUCUCUGACUCGGACACCCCGAGCGAGUGUGACCUGCGCCGCCACCACUCGCUCUCCAGCCUGGCCUCUAGUUCCAGCCCACCGCCUCCGCAUGAGAUCGAAGGAACACGCUGCAGCAGACGAGAUAUGUCGCCAGCUGGUCGAGUCAGAACUGGCAUGUCUAGAGAACGGAGUGGCUACGUAGCGCGGUCGCAGUCGGCGGCCGGCGGUCGCAGCGCGUCUCCGCGACGCUCGCUGUCGCCGCCGGGCUCCGCGCCGCGCUACACAGUGUGCGAAGAUCGAGGCGACGCAUCGCGACUGCCGACGCACGCGUACGCGCCGCGCUUUCAGUCGCGAUCCGCCACCGCCACGCCCACCACUAGUCCGAAGAAGCGACAGCUACCCCAGAUACCGCACCAGCAGAGUGGGCAGCGGGCGAUGCGCGCGCAGGUGUCAGCGGAUCUUGAAGAACGUAAGUGGAUCGCCCCGCACCACAUUGGCGCCACACUCACCUACCGCAGCACGCCACAAGGGUGGGAGAGACACUAUGCGGGUUUGUCGGACUCAGAAUUGGCAGCGCGCGGCGGAGGCUGGGCGCCGCGACGCCGCCUCUCGCCGGACGCGGCGGCCGCGGACUCUGACCUCGAGUCCGUCGCUUCCGUCACCUCUAGUGCUUUCAGUACGCAGUCCGAACGGCCACGUCCCACGAGGAUGCUAAGCCGGAUGCAAACGCUUCCCGUUUACAGCACUUCUUCCUUUUGCGAAAGCUUUGCUCCUGCCCUUGAAUGUUAUUACAGUAAGGCGGCGGUUGGGGAGAUUUUCAGUAAAACCCGCAAAUCACUGUGCACCAAUAUUAUGUCUCCAACGUUUUCGACACAUCUCGCACGCCCCGCCCGCCGCCUGCGACGCAUACUCUCUCGCAGUCAUUCUGCUGGUGCCUAUCCAAAAGUCUCCAAACCCUCACUUGUUUAUGAAGGAAGUAGCAGCUAUUCUGAAUGUUCCGAUCGAAACUAUGAUUCCUAUUCAGGAUCUCACAUUUUUAAAAGUAUAACGCCUAGUCACUUAAAAAACAUCGAAAGCUAUAUCAGUGUUCCUAAAGAAAAACCUUCAAAAAUGCGUCAAAAGCAUCAAACAAAAAGGAAAUUAAGAACACAGUCUAGUCACCAUUACGAAUUGUGUAAUGAUGUUAAUUGUAACUAUUACGAUGAAAUUCAAAAUUCAAGAAUCACCCAUCAAAGGCAUUUAUCAAAUACAGGAUAUCAUAAAAAAACUAAAGCUUUGCCAGAAACUUACAUUUGCGACGAAGUUAUCGAUACAGGUACCACUAAUGCUUACAGUAAGCUAUCAGAAAUAAAGAAAAUAGAAGACACUAACCACCAUUUCUAUGGUUAUGCUAGUGAUGAUAGUAUAGCAGAAACAACAAUACAUGUUAGUCUUGAUAGACAAUAUAGUUUUGAUAUUGAUAGAUAUUUAGACGAAACGCAAGCUGAGAAUUCCAAAGAUGGUUAUAAUAGCUUUGAAAAUUAUUGUUUAAGUAACAAUAUACAUAACAAAAAAAUCUUGUCUUUAGAUUUAAAAUCAAACUUUGAUAACGUUGAAAUAUUAUGUGACAGCUUCGAUGGUGAGGAAAAAUUUAUGAAAACUGAAUUUAACGAGAAAUCUAAGAGGUAUUACGAAUUUUUAUCACCUAAUCGUUUAAUACCAUCAACGCCAGAAGAGAGUGACGCUAUGUUUAAGAAAAUGCACAUUUCCAAAAAAAGCAAAAAAUCUUUAAAGCAAACAGAUUUUAAUCAAGAUCAAGAACUAGGGAUAUGGCAAAAGCAGGCUGUAAAUAAAGUUCCUGUAAUUCCAACAUGUAAUGGAUAUCACUCCCAAAAUUCCUUUUCUCACCAAACUAAUUUAGAUAGAUCAUUUAAACACCCAUUAUCACCUUACAUAAACAACGCUUACUCUCAAACACUUUCAUACGCUGCGACCAAUCACGUAGAUAGAGAGUAUAGUAAAAUGGCUAAUUCUUUGUCUGUCGGUCUUUCUCCCACGAACCUCGGCUCGCCCCGUGGUGUGCUCACAUCCGUCGCCCCGCACUUGCCAUCCGAUGACACACAUCAUAACACCACCGAAGCGACGACGUAUCUCCCUGCCGCUGCUGACUUCACUCGUGCUGACGAACCGAAAACAUCCAACAUACCAAACGAGGAGCGUCAUAAUUCACCAAUUGCCAAAACCAAUGAAACACGGAUCAAACCCGUCAAUUCGCCUGAAUUGGAAUGCAGCAAUGACUACGGAGGGCGUGAGAACGACCGAAAUCACAGCCAACAGCAGCCGCUCGAAAGGCGAGAAUCUCGACGUGGACAAUUCACUCGUAGUCUCAGCAACGCUGACGCUCCUCCUGAUGAAAAAGCAGACGGCAGUCUCAGCGAUACUGCGCUUGGUGGAGCCAAUGAAAUAGAGCCUGUAAGCGACGAUGCCCUCCUAAAAGCCGAACCAAGAGACUACUUCGGUCCUGGGAUGGGAAAGAAGAGCAACUCUACGUCACAACUCUCGGCCACAGGGAGAAAAAGACGGUUAGGUUUUGGUAAACGUGGAAAAAACUCGUUCACGGUUCAACGCAGUGAGGAAGUGGUGCCCGGGGAAAUGAGAGGCACUGGCGUCACACGGGCCUCUUCCGCCUCGAGCGAAAACGACGAUGAAAGGUGGUCUCCUGGAAUGCGAGGAUCAGGGUCUUCCGAUGGAGGUGGCUUAUCAGACUUCAUUGAUGGGCUGGGCCCAGGACAGCUUGUCGGUAGACAGCUCCUUGGUGCACCCACUUUGGGCGAUGUUCAACUCUCCAUGUGCUAUCAGAAAGGAUUUCUUGAGGUGGAGGUGAUUCGAGCGCGAGGCUUGCAAGCCAGGCAAGGCAGCCGCACGCUGCCGGCGCCCUACGUCAAAGUGUACUUAGUGAGCGGCAAACGCUGCAUCGCCAAAGCGAAGACGAGCACCGCGAGAAGAACGCUCGAUCCACUGUACCAACAAACACUUACCUUUAGGGAAAACUUUAAGGGAUGUGUUCUACAAGUAACAGUGUGGGGAGAUUACGGUCGUAUUGAGGGCAAAAAAGUGUUCAUGGGUGUGGCGCAAAUCAUGCUGGACGACCUCAACCUCUCCAACAUUGUCAUCGGAUGGUACAAGCUCUUCGGAACCACGUCACUGUAACCAAGGUGCAGCAGUGGCUAGUGUGUUCGACGAAGCUAUAUCAAACACAAUAAAAAUUAACUUUGUCCAAACAAUACAUUUAGUGAUACUGCUUUAAUAUCAUAAUAAACUGCAAAAAUAUCUCGAACAUAGGAAAAUUUUUCUAUAAAACGAAAGUUAUAUGUAAAUGAUUUGUAUUUUUAUUUUCUUUUGGAAUGCCUACCGGAGUUUUGAAUAGAUAGCAUUUUAUAGCAAGAAAAUAAAAUGUAUAGUGUACUCAAUAAUAUUAUGUAAUUAAGUAUUAAAAGCCAAAUAUAAAGAU